UCUCCCGACCGCCAAUGCUGUAAGCUGCACCGGUGCUCUAGCAACUGUUUGCAUGCAUUGGGGAGGCAGGGAGGCUCCUGCCUGCCCCCCACCAGCACCCCCAGGAUUUGGAAUAGCCCGAAGUGGGGCUGAGAGGAGGAGGAGGAGGAAGCGAAGGGGGCUGGAGGGAGAGCAGGCAGGAGGCAGCCGCCUUGGCUGGGAAGAGAGAGAAGCAGCAGUUCCCUGCAGCUUCCCUCCCUCCUGGGAGUCUUUGGCUCCGUGCAAGAGGACAGCGCAGCAGGGAACGUGGCCUGCUUUUUACACAGACUUAUUGCUGGUUGCUGGACGCUUUGGACAAAGAGGAAGCCUCUGUCCUUGCUCCUUCCUUGUUCUGCUGACUAGGGGUCUCCACGGAACCCAUUUGGCCAGUUCGAUUCAAAUCCGAACCGGAUUCGGACAAACUCGGACCGGGUCCGUUCCGUUCCGGCCAUCAAGGAUAUAAUAUUGAAGAAAGUUAAAGUUGGAAGAAUGAAGGGAAAAACCAGCGGAAGCAUUUUGGGAGGUUCCAGAUGAGGAAAAAGGGAAGAACGAAAAUGAAAAACGGGAGCAAAACGGAAGAACAGGAAGGGAUCCUCUCUUUUCUCAUUGUGGUAUUCAACAAAUAAUGCAGAAAGCAAGAGAGAGAAGUGUGUGCUCCCCACGCAGGAAAAGUACCAGUUCAGAACCAGCCUCUCAACCUCAGUGGGAUAUGCAGCCAGGGGAGAAACUAAAUAACUGUUGGGAGUUUGGAAACUGCUUCAGCCAGAGUGGAGAUGUUAAUAAACACCAUAGAACCCACACUGGGGAGAAACAACAUAAGUGCUUGGAGUGUGGAAAGAGCUUCACCAAGAGUGGAAGCCUUACUAGACAUUAUAGGAUCCACACUGGGGAGAAACCACAUGAAUGUUUGCAAUGUGGAAAGAGCUUUGGCACACGUGGAAACCUUAAUUUACACCAUAGAAGUCACUCUGGGGAGAAACCACAUAAGUGCAUUGAGUGUGGAAAGAGCUUCAGCCAGAGUGGACAUCUUAAUACACACCUUAGAACUCACACUGGGGAGAAACCACAUAAAUGCAUGGAAUGUGGAAAGAACUUCAGCACACGUGGAGCUCUUUCAUUACACCAUAGAACCCACACUGGGGAGAAACCACAUAAGUGCAUGGAGUGUGGAAAGAGCUUCAGUAUGAGUGGAAACCUUACUCGACAUCAUAGGAUCCACACUGGGGAGAAACCACAUACAUGUUUGCAAUGUCAAAAGAGCUUCAGCACGAGUGGAGACCUUUUGAGACAUCAUAGGAUCCACACUGGGGAGAAACCACAUGAAUGUUUGCAAUGUGGAAAGAGCUUCAGCACGAAGGGAGAUCUUUAUAUCCACCACAGAAGCCACACUGGAGAGAAACCAUAUAAGUGUUUGGAGUGUGGAAAGAGCUUCAGCAUGAGUGGGAACCUUAUUAUACACCAAAGAACCCACACUGGGGAUAAAAUACAUAAAUGUUUGCAAUGUGGAAAGAGCUUCAACUCAAGUGGAAAUCUUAAUCAACACCGUAGAACUCACACUGGUGAGAAAUCGCACAAAUGUUUGGAGUGUGGAAAGAGCUUCAGCACAAAUGGAGUUCUUAAUAUACACUAUAGAACCCACACUGGGGAGAAACCUUAUGAAUGUUUUGCGUGUAGAAAGUGCUUCCGUACAAAUGGAGCUCUUAAUUUACACCAUAGAACUCACACUGGAGAGAAACCAUAUAAAUGCUUGGAGUGUGGAAAGAGCUUCAGUACGAAUGGAGCUCUUACUGUACACCAUAGAACUCACACUGGGGAGAAACCACAUAAGUGCAUGGAGUGUGGAAAGAGCUUCCGCACAAUUGGAGCUCUUACUUUGCACCAUAGAAGGCACACUGGGGAGAAACCACAUAAGUGCAUGAAGUGUGGAAAGAGCUUCCUCCAUUGUGGAGAUCUUAAUAUGCACUACAGAACACACACAGGGGAGAAACCACAUAAAUGCUUGGAGUGUGGAAAGAGCUUCAGCAGAAGUGGAGCUCUUACUUCACACCAUAGAACUCACACUGGGGAGAAACCACAUAAAUGUUUUGAGUGUGGCAAGAGCUUCAGCACAAGUGGAGCUCUUACUUCACACCAUAGAACUCACACAGGGGAGAAACCACACAAAUGCUUGGAGUGUGGAAAGAGUUUCAGCACGAAUGGAGCUCUGACUUCACACCAUAGAACUCACACUGGGGAGAAACCACAUGAGUGCAUGGAGUGCGGAAAGAGCUUCCGCCAGUGUGGAGCUCUUACGUCACAUCAUAGAACUCACACUGGGGAGAAACCACAUAAGUGCAUGGAGUGUGGAAAGAGCUUCAGCACGAAUGGAGCUCUUACUUUACACCAUAGAACUCACACUGGAGAGAAACCACAUAAGUGCAUGGAGUGUGGGAAGAGCUUCAGCACGAAUGGAGCUCUUACUUCACACCAUAGAACUCAUACUGGGGAGAAACCAUAUAAGUGCAUGGAGUGUGGAAAGAGCUUCCGCGAGGGUGGAGAUCUUAAUAGACACUAUAGGACGCACAUGGGGAAGAAACCACAUAAAUGUUUGCAGUGUGGAAAGAGCUUCCGAUGGAGAGCACAGCUUACUGUACAUUAUAAAACCCACACUGGGCAGAAAACCACAUGAAUGCUCGGCGUAUCAAAAGAGCUUCAGGAGGGAUGCAAGCCUUACGGCACAUGAGCAAACUUAUAGAGGGUAAAAAUCCUGGACAGGAAACUGAAGACAGACUUAAGAAUCUGCCUCACUGUAAAAUAGAAAACUUUGAGAACUUUCUUCUUCUGAUCCAACUUGCUUUUACCCUUUUUACCUUCUGAGGGGAUGUGGGACCCAGUUGUGUUUUGGGGUCUGUUUUUUGAAUUAAUGGGCAUAAUUGGUACCAAGUGAUUCAUGAACAUGAGUGUUCCACAGCAUACAGCUUUUUUUCAUUGACUGUGAAUACAUUUCUGUAUUGGUCAGACAAUACUGAGCUUGAUGGACCAUUGGCGUGACUGAGUUUGGGAGCUCCAUAUGUUCUUCCAGAGCGCCCAUAGCUCAGUGGAAGAGCAAAUGCUUUGCAUGCAGAUGGUCCCGGAGUCAUCCCCUGGCAACGUCUCCAGGUAAGGCUGAGUUUCCAGAAUGAGGAAAGAGCACCUGUUUUGCAUGGGAAAGGCAGCAGGUACGAUCCCUGGCAGAAGCUCCAGGUAGGGCUGUGGCCGACCCCACCUAAUAGCUUGGAGAGUUUUUGCCAGUCAAUGUAGGCCAGGGCUGAACAACUCUGGCCAUCCAAAAACUUCUUGGAGUUGGAUUAUUAUUUUUGAAUUCGGGCUUAAGCUAGUUUGACAUCCCAUUGGUUUAGCUCCUCUAGUGCUAAAGGACAUCUAUCACUCAAGGUGGGAAAGAGGGAUAGAGGAGAAGCUAUAUUCUGAUGGUUUUUCUCCCAUCACGUUGUUAACCUUGGGUCGGAGUCAAAAUAAGGGAAAGAGUUUAUGAUAUGGAGCAGCAAAUUGAUCAGGGCUCCAUCCUGGCUGGUGUCUUUUUGGGCAAAUUCUGAGCUUUACCCCUGCCAAUUAUUUAAACCAGAUAACAGUCCCAAAGUACCACAGGGCUAUGAUAUUGGCCUGAUGCCACGCCUUGCGCAUAGCUGUGACGGAAGGAAGAAACCGGAAAAUUCCAUGUGGAGAGCGUAUCUGCCCCUGUGUCUCCGGUGAGAUUGAAACGACGGCUCAUGUACUUUUGUAUUGUCGUACUACUGUGACUCUCGGCAUAAGCUUAUCUCCUCAUAUAUUCGCUCAAAUCCAGGCUGUUCUGAUUGUUUUAAAAUCAUCUUCUUUUGACAGAUCAGAAUGAUUUCAGAUCCUAUAACGUGGCCAAGUUUUGCCUCAUAGCUGGCAAAAUUCAUUUCGAGUUUAAUAAACAUUUUAGUGCCUGUAUUUUCCGUUGUAGAUUCUGGCAAUCGUUUCCCAAGCCGAAACAUUUGACAACAGUUCUAGAGGGUAAUCUGGAAAGCGUCCAGGUUUUCCUCCUGCCUUGCUUCCACACAACUGGAAAUGGGGAGAAAACACAGCUCCCAAACCUGCAUAGAACACCGUUUUUGAUUGCAUGAACGACCUCAGUGAGGCGCUUCACACAACAUGUGUGAAGCCCCUGAGCGAGUGAUCAUGCAGGGCAGCCUGGAGAGACCCCCAGGACCCGGAGGCUGCUUGCAGUCUCUCGGCCGGGGAUCUACUCAUGUGUCACCGCACACUGCGGUGACACACAAGCAACGAAAUGAGGUUAAUGGAGCAUUCGCUCCAUUAACCUCAUUUAAGGGGGGGUUGGUUUGGGUGGGCUGGCUGCCUUGGUAGCACUGGGCGAGCCUGCGAGCCUGGUGGUUCCCACAAUCACUGGAAAGCGCGCUAAGCUCCUUGAGUUAUCCUCUCGCCAGUGAUUGUGGGAAUAGCUUCAGUGUGUGUUUGCUUGUAGCUGCUAAACUAGAGCUUUUGAUUUUUGUGCUGCGUCCUUGGAGUUGUGAUUCUCAGAUCAUUUGGAUUCACUGUGUCACCUUUCCCUGCUCUGUUAUAUUUAAUAAACAGCACAUUGAAGGUGUCAAGCUUC